AUGCCUGUUCGUGCAUUUGAGGGUAAAGAUCAUGCAGCGGCUUACCUGCAGUACAGAGUGGCACCCCUUGAAUUAAUCAGUGAGAUUAUGAAGUAUAUGGGGAAAAAGACACCAAACCAGUUCAGCCUUGCAGUGGAUGUGGGUUGCGGUUCUGGGCAAGGAACAGUCCCAUUAGCAUCACACUUCUCAAGGGUUGUUGGAACAGACAUCAGCCCCGCUCAGCUGGAGAUGGCGCAGGCCAAUGACAACCCUUCAAAUGUUUCGUACAGGGAGUGUCAAGCAGAAGAGCUACCAUUUGCUUCUGGUGAGGUAGACCUUCUAACGGCCAUGACGUCGGCUCACUGGUUCAACCGCGAGAGGUUCCUCCUGGAAGCUGACAGAGUGCUAAGGCCUGGGGGCUGCCUGGCUCUCCUGAGCUACACCAAGGAGGUGGAACUGGAGUACGGGAAUGUCUCUACUACGCUCAAUGACAUCUGUGAUGAGUAUUACGCUGCCAUGGAUCCAUUCCGAAAUCCCUAUCUUGGAAAGUGCUCUGUGAAGAUCUACUCAGACAUGUUUGAUGCCUGCUCUUACCAAGACAAAGAAUGGAAUGACUGUCUGAGGGUAAAGAGGACUAUGCCACUGAGUAGCUACUUCGGCAUGGUGGAGACCUUCUCCACCUAUCAGAGAUUUCUGCAGAAGGACCCAGUUCGGGCUCAACAUAUUUCUAAUGACAUCAGGAACAAGUUGUUGACCGCAAUGAAGACAUCUUCAUCUGACCCAGAAGUAACAGUGGUUGUCAAGUAUUUCUAUUGGCUGGCACGCAAACCUUGUUCACUCUGA